UUCUUCGUCGGGGCAUCGAGAUCCUGCUGUCUCCACCCCGUCCUUUCAGGAUGAGUACUGAAGACUCAAAAGACAUGCUGAAGAAUGCGGACUGGAAGACAGUGAGUGGUUCAGUGACCACCGAGUCAAGCCAGCCGGUUGUCAAGAAGCGUCUUCCGAAGAAAAUCAGACAAGUCCCUGAGUGUUACUUUCUGCCUCGACGAUCUUUGCCUUCUGCAUUGGCUAUCUAUGGUGCUAUUUGUGUUGCUGGAGUUGGUGCAGGGAUGUUGGUUGAGGUUUGGAUUAACAAGAAGAUCAAAGAGGAUGGUGGUGUUGUCUGGGAGAUGGGCAAAUGAUGUUCCUGCACUUUGAUUGGUAACAAUCUGUUUUGUCAAAACAUGUACUCACUCUGCUUCACUUCUGCUGCUUAAGCUGUAUUAUGGAAAUUAGCAUGAGAAAUUCUGUUGUUCCGGUCUAACUUUCUACUUCCUGGCCAAAGCCACCAAACUAUGUUUUCCAAUGA